AUGAGAAAAGAGAUGAUUGGAAAAGUGAAGGAUGAUGGGGAGCUUGAGGAGCUUGAGAUGUUGCUAAAUGAGAUCCCUCAGGCAACGUCACACAAUCUUUGCUAUAGGAAUUCACAUGUUCAUGGUGGUGAUGAUGAUCAUGGUCCUUUUGUGACUCAGGCAAUCCAUGGAAUGUGUGGUAUGUAUGAUGAUGACCCAUUAACUCAGAUUCAGUAUCCAUGUGCCUCAUCUCCUGGUAGUGGCUUUUUUCUGCAAUCUGAUGGCUCUUCCUCAAGCUUGUUCUCUGCUGGGCAUGCUGUGUCUGACACUGGAUCACCAACCCCUCCUCCAUUAGAGGAUCUUAAAUCCACCAUGCCUUCUGGAAGUUCUUGUCACCCAAACCGUUUCUGGUUGGAUUCCAUGACACCUGAUUCAACUGUUAUCAAGAAUGCCAAUGAAAGCUUUGUUGAUGAACUGGGCCUCUGUGCCAAUUUGAGUCAAAUGUACAUCAGCAAUCCACAAGACAACCCUUAUAAUUUCAAAGAUGCUCCAAUGGGCAUGAAUAGGCUUCCUUUUCGGGAUUGUUCCUUGAGUGGAAAUGGUCCAAUCACCGUCCACAAACAUGGGGAUCAUUGCAAUUUUGAGAGGUGCUUUUUAGACCGUGUUGGGAUUCAAUCCCCUCUACCUUGGAGCCAUGUAAAUCAUGAUGCUGAAAUGAAUUCAGCAUUGUCUGGAUUAACCCAUGACUAUAGAAUGUCUAAUUUAUUUGGAUCGAGGCAGUGUGGUAGAAGGUCUGAGACAAUACUUUCUCAACUCGAUGAUUUUAGUGGUUUAAUGGAUUCUGAUUGGCACAGAAGGCAGCAGAUAAAUAACUACUAUUAUAGAGGAAGUCAGCCACCAGAGCCUACUGCUUCUUUGAGCAGAAAUCCAAUGGUUGAUGCUUUACUUUAUGCGCCAAAAAAUGGAAUGAAUUUAAAUGAAGAAACAGGCAUAUCAAGAUUGCCUAGCUCUUCCCGUUGUACUAAUUUAAGGCCUUAUUUGGGUGUUCAAAAUUUACAGCAAUAUAGCCAUUCUCUGUCUAACAAUGCAAGGGUUGUGCCAAUUUCAAAUGCUAGAAUCCCACAAGGAAAUAUAGAUGCUAUUGCAAGUGAAGGGAGCUUCAUCAUACAAGGUGAAGGUGUAAAUUAUGUUGCUACCAGAGGUUCGGGCCGUUCUAUGUAUCAGAGUAAGGUUGCAGUGCAAGAGAUAGGCUUUGCUAAGCAUGCAAAGAGAUCAGAGGUAGACACAUCCUACCAGGUUGGAGGAACUUAUGAAAGUCCUAGGAGUGCCAGGAUAGGUUGCUCCUUUCCUUUGCUAUCCAAGUACAAUUCCCUAGCUGAAGCUCAAGGAUAUAUUUAUUUAAUGGCCAAAGAUCAACAUGGCUGUAGGUUCUUGCAAAGAAUGUUUGAUGAGGGUACACCAGAAGAUGUUCAAGUGAUAUUUAACGAGAUCAUUGAUCAUGUAGUGGAACUUAUGAUGAAUCCUUUUGGAAAUUACCUUAUGCAGAAGCUAUUGAAUGUAUGCAAUGAAGAGCAGAGGAUGCAAAUCUUACUAAUAAUUACUGAAGAACCAGGGCAGCUUGUCAGAAUUUCUUUAAACACUCAUGGCACUCGUGUGGUACAGAAGCUAAUUGAGACCCUCAAAACUAGGCAGCAAAUUUCAUUAGCUGUAUCAGCUCUUGAACCAGGAUUCUUGGCUCUUAUCAAAGAUCUAAAUGGAAACCAUGUGGUUCAGCGAUGUUUGUUAUGCUUAAGCAAUGAAGAUAACAAGUUUAUAUUUGUUGCUGCUGCAAAGUAUUGCGUUGACAUUGCAAUUCACCAACAUGGAUGCUGUGUUCUGCAAAGAUGUAUUGGCCAUUCAAGUGGGGAGCAUAGAGAAAAACUGAUUGCAGAAAUAUCUGCCAAUGCACUUCUGCUAGCUCAAGAUCAAUAUGGGAAUUAUGUUGUUCAAUUUAUCUUGGACUUGAGGAUUCCAUCUGCCACCACAAGUAUAAGUUUGCAAUUUGAAGGUAACUACGUGCACUUGUCAAGACAGAAGUUUGGUAGUCAUGUGGUUGAAAAAUGUCUUUCCGUUUUCAACGAAGAGAAUCGAUCCAGAGUCAUUCAUGAACUGCUUUCCGCAGCUCAUUUUGAACACUUGAUUCAAGAUCCACAUGCAAACUAUGUUGUUCAAUCAGCUCUUCGGCAUUCUGAGGGCCGUGUGCAUAAUUUACUAGUUGAAGCAAUUGAGUCCCACAAAGUCAUUUCUCGAAACAGCCCAUAUUCUAAGAAGAUUUUCUCACAAAAGCUUUUGAAGAAAUGAUGUAUAUUCCCUCAUGUGCUAGAACUGUUCUUUUUAUAUGUCAAAAAAUGUUCAUUGAGG